AGGCACAAAAAGGAAAGAUUGAGUCGAUCACGACAAAAGUUUUAGUUGCCCAAUGGCCAACCCUAAUUCUACGUAGGCAGAAAUAUGAACAUGUGAGCCAAGUAGUUUUUUUUCAUUGUAAGUAGCGACGUAACGUGUUGUUUCCUGUAAAUACAACGCUCAGCAUCUCCUCGACAAUGACACGACUUUUCGUUUUUGUGGCUUGCUCUUUUUCUGUUUCUGGCAAGAUAGCGAUUCCUAGUCCUGUGGCACCAAUUCAUGACCGUUUUCCCGACAAAAGCGUAUCCAGUUCUCACGCGACGGGCCAUGUGGCACAAACGGCGCAAGCCCACAACGAAACCGGCACCAGUUUCGCAACCAGCAGCAAGGAUGCACCGGUUUCGCUCUUUCGACUGCCGAAAAGUGCUGGCAACGAACCGCUGCAGCAGACGGGUACUAGCGGCCACGAGGACCGGUCAGGCUUGCAACUGGACCCGGCCGCACUUGCGGAACUGCAAACACUGCCCUGGCCCUUCUACGCCGCGGCUGCGAUCGGGCCGGCGCGCGUCGGCAAGAGUUUUUGGCUGGGGCAGAUCGCGAGGUUGUUGAACCGGAACGUCACGAAGCUUUUCGAGGUUUCGGAUACUAGCGAGAGCUGCACCAGCGGAGCUUGGUUCCUCUCCGUAGAUUUGGCGAAGGCCGACAAACACAUUCUGCGCAAAAAUGCGGCGCUCGAGAACUUCUACGCGAAGUCGCAAAAAUCCCACAGAAAUCAAGGAGCAGGACCACCGCAGCGCGGCACGCUGCUCCUCUUCGACCUGCAAGGUAGCGACAAGGGCAGUGCCGCCGACCUGCAGGCCACCGACUACCUGUCCGCAUUUGUCGCGUUGUUCGCCAGUCGCUCGCUUUUCUUUUUUGAAAAGCACGUGGAAUUUUCGAAGGCGGCCUUCUACGAGCGGAUCGCGUACGCCGGGAAAGUCUUGAAGAACAACCCGAAUUUUGUACCAGCGGUUUCUUUCGUGGUUCGGAGACCGAUGAAGCUACCAAAGAAGUACGCGACGCGGGAACAGGAGCUGGCAGAUGUUUUAAACAUCCAAACAGACAGGGUAAUAAACGACGCGGAGCACGACCACAAGCACAACUACGAGGAUUAUUUUCGCGUUUUCGAGCUGCCGGAGCUGGACGUAGAGGACAGUAGUGUUUCCGAGACCUGGGCGGAGAAACUGCUGCAAGACGCCGUUCUCGGGCUCGAUGGCAAAGACACAAAUUACGGCUCGACGCUGCCAUCCCUGCAGACCAGCGACGGGACGGUACUAGAUGCCGCGGGCCUGAUCGCAUUGAUGGAGGAGAUCGCGUCCUGGCUGCGGACCAGCAAUGCCGACCAGUUUUUCCAGGUGCAAGAUUCCGUCCGCGAAAAGGUUUGUCGGAGCCGCAUGCAGGAUCUCGUGCGACGGGUCUUCUUGGCGAAGAAGGCAAAGAGUACUGCCAGCGAGAAGGAUGAACAAUCUGCGAUCAAUGUGGAAGAACUGUACGAGGACGUCGCAGCGCAGUUCGACGCUGAAACGGUGGCGUGGUUUUUUCGAGAAACUACCACUGGACAGUACGAGAUCAACCUGAAGACCGAUUCACUAAACCGAGUGGAAGAACUCCAUAGCAGUCCCAUUUCUUUGUUUCUGGUCCAAAACGGGGGACUGCGCAGAACAUUUUUCGACUGGUGUACGGACAAAGCAGUGCGCACGAAGGCACUUACCUUUCUUCGAGACCACUUGGCGAAAGUGCACGAGCAGAGGCGGGGAUUUUUCAACCGCUUCAAAUCGUUCCUCGCACUCUUCGUGUGGACGGGGCCGAUCAGAGCAGUGGAAGGGUGUGUGGAGUCCUUUUCCCGCAUUCUCGAGUUGCUGUUUCACCGAAGAACACUGCUGGUUCUGGCUGCGAUCUUCGUUGUUGCCGUUGGUGCUGUGUUCCUUCCAAGGGUGGGCGCCGGGACGACCACCAGCGCUGUUUCGUUCAAGCAAACGCUGCUCGCUACCGCAUUCCGGAUUCUGACGACACUGCUCACCGUCACCUCUCGGCUUCUGUUCGCCAUCUUCCCUUGUUUUUUCCUGGGAAACAAGCACUUCAGGAAGUAUUGGGAUCCGGUCGUGGAUGCGAGCAAAGAGCUGCUACAAAGAGUCUUCGAAUACGCUUGCGAAUGGGCAAUGAACGAACGUGGAGCUGUGUCAUCCUCUCACCCAUCGCUAUCCUCCAUCGACGCCAGCGUAUUGGCAGCGAGCGGGAGUAACCUUCCGACCUUCGCAGCGUCAACAGACCACCCGGAAGGGGAGAAAACAGCUUCUGCCGGAUCUACUACUGUUUACGGAUCGUUCUCCUCUACUAGCAGCACGUACUGUUCCUACGCCGGUUUUUUUGUCGUGGAGUUUUUCGGGCGCAACAUCGACUACCUCUUGUACGGACUUUUCCUCGCGAUUUUGUGGUACGCGGUGCCGCUGCUCACGCAGGCGUUUCUUCGGGGGAUUCUCAACUUUCUCGUUUAUCACGUUUUCGGCCAGAGCAGUUUCGACAGUGAGAUGAUGUUGAGCGACGAGGAAGUAGAAGAAGAGUUUCUUGCACAAGACGACUCGAGCCCCACCAGCAGCUAUUCACCGAAGUCUCCGGAGCAGAAAACUACCUCGCUUUACCGUGCCUCGCGCGCGCCCUCCUUGUUUCACUAUUUGAAGCACAACUUUCUCUCCUCUGCUGCGCUCAAACGGAUCAUUUACGAGAAGUGGCUGCAGUACGAAAAGCGGCCCCAGUUGGUGAAUCGGAGAGCCGUGUGGGAUUUGAAUGCGGAGCAGCAUCGGAGCUUCACCGAACAGCAAAUCGAGUUACUGACGCAGUCUCCGGAGUACAAGUGGCGGUGCGGCGUGUUGAAGCAGUCACAGGAGGUGCCAAAAAACUGGGAGUGGAAGGCGCACUACCUGAAGUUCGCGGACAAGAGCGCACCGAUCAAGCGGGUGUCGCGGUCGAAGCAGCCGGAGGACGCGGUGGCCGGGGAAGUCCUGCAAAUGUACAAUUUAGUCAACGCCGCAACGACGAAAAGCAAAUCAACGCCGAAAAAAAGAAGCAGAUCGCCAAGGUUAUUGUAG